GCAUGUUGUUUUGCGAGGGGUGGGCUUUGCUGGGCAGGUCGUCUUGGCUUGCCCUGCCGCCAGAGUUCCACUCAUCGAACCAAGGGCCUGGAGGGCGAGGCGGGGACCAGGGCGGGGGCCUGGCAGGCGAGGGUGAAGAUGGCCGAGGAGUGGAAGAGGAAGGCCGACAAGGCGGCGGCGAUGUUGAACAAAAUGCGGGAGGACUACUUCAAGGAGCUUAUGCAUCUGCGGGAGCAGGUCUACCGCAAGGGGAAGGCAAGUGAGGUAGGCGAACAGUUCCACCCAGACUACGCUGUGCACUUCAACCCCAGCGAGUACAGCGUGGACGUCGAGGUGCAGCGGCUUGUGUCGAUCAAGGAGAUCAUGCUUGAGCAGGAGUACGAUGCCCGGCUUGGCGAGGUCGAAGUCGGCUACAUGUCCAGGAUCAGGGACUUGAAGGACCAGGUCUUCAGCGCGAGGUUCCUGCAGAGGAGGAACCACGAGCUCUUGCAGGUCCUCAAGGACAGGUUUGGCCUGGACAGUGCUGCUCUUCGGGGCAUGCUGGAGAGUACGAAGAUCAACGAGGAGAAGCUGAAGGCGCAGAUCGAGGACCAGGCGGCGGAGGCCGAGCGACGGGCCGUGGAGGCGUACCGCGAGUCAGUCAGCAAGCAGCAGCAGCUGGAGCAGCAGCUGCAGGAGAAGCAGCUGGAGCAGCAGCUCGUGGAGCGGAGGCUGCAGCAGCGCCAGGAGCGGCGGGCCAGCACUGGCACGGUGGAGCUCGGCGCCAACGAGGGCAUGAGAGUCCGGAGUGGCGGCCUGAGGAGGCGGUCCCAGGGCCCCGACGGCCACGUCCUCCACGCUCUCGAGGUCGCGGCGCGCGCGCCCCACGGGGCGGGCGACGGCUGGAGCGACCUGUGCGGAGAGGGCUCGGACGGCGUCGGCGAGGAGGCCGAGCCCGAUGGCGAUGGCCUCGGUGCCCAGGCACGGGCAGCUCAGCCUCGGCGACGCCGUCAGGCGCAGGUGAGCGGCGGAGCAGGGACAGAUCCGAGCAGUCGGCAGAGCUCCCAGGUCCCGCUGAUUGCGAAGGAGACGGCAGAGGUGGGCACGGACCCCCAGGCCUUCCACGAAGCCUUCGGGGCCCCACUGCUCCAGACCAGGGGCGUGCAGUCCGAGAUCGACGGCCGGAUGCUCGCGAAGGCCCUGGAUGCCUUCGCCGAGUGCGACUGCGCCGUCACAGUUGCGCUGCGCGCAAGGAGGCCCGUCAGGGGCAGCGUGGGCGAAAAGAGCCUCGCAGAGGUGGACACCGACACCGCGGGUGCCGACUCCGAUGCCGCCGCCGACGACACCGACCAGCGCCUUGCAGGGAGGACGAACAGCGCAGACGACCUGGCAGUGCCCUCCUCAGAGAGCGACGCCGUCGCCGGGGGAGGCAGCCUCGACGCCACGCGGGCGCAGGAUGCCUCCGGCGGCGUGACGGGCGCGCGAGGCCCGGACGAGGGCCCCCCGCCGGCCUCCGUCGACGUCGGAGAGGUGGAGGCGCUGCUGCAGGAGCUGCAGCAGGCCUUGCCAGACGUGGGGUCCGCCUUGCCAGGCGGCCUUGCAGCAGGAGCUGCAGCGGCCGCGCGGUUGCUGGCCCUUCUCGCGCCACCCAGGACGGACGCCGAGGCCCAGGCCGAAACGCCGCAGGAAGCUACAGUGCCGCUUCGGCGGCGAUGGCCGUCGCCACGCCUGGGCCUGGCGUGCAUGAGGUGGCUCUCGGAGCUGGCCUGCCCUGAGCUGCGCUGCUUCCUGGAGUCCGCGUGGGAGCGCGCCGAAGAACUCGCCUCGGAGGCGGCCCCCAGCGACUCGUCGGCCAUGAGGCUCUUGCAGGCCUGGCUCCAGGAGGGCCCAUUUUCUGCCCCGCAGAAAGGCGCCGCUGCGCCACGCGGCCAGGCAAACGACGGCCGGGUGGAGCAGAAGCCAAGGAGUCCCGUGCGUGGGAUCUAUUUCAACUCUUUGGUGGCGUGCGGGGAGGAGUCCAGCAGGCGCCGCGCCUCCGUGGGCCACGAGACGAGCACCGUCCAGUUCCAUACCAGGCAGACCGUUUGCCAGAGUCCCACCUCCGAGCGGGGGAGGAAGCUGAAGCACACGCUGACGCUGCCCAACCCGGAGCAGCCGCAGCUGUUGGGACUGCCAGGGAUUACAGACGUCGAGCAGAGCACUGAGCCCGGGGCCGCCACGCUCUUGCCCGCCAGGGGGAAGAAGCUGAGACACACGUUGUCCAACCCUGAGCAGCCGGGUCUGGUGCCAGACUCCCGCCCCACCUCGAAGGCCUGCACCGCCCGCGGCGACCCGCAGGGGUCCAAGGAGCUGCUGUCGGGGCGAUCAGGGCCACUGACACCCGACGACGCCGCACCGACCCCGAGGCACCACCCGCCUGCGCCUGCGGUGGGCAAGAUGCCAAGCAUAGGGUCGGCGCGGGCGCCUGGCGAGGCCUCGGAGCGCCGAACCGCGAGGAGGGCCACGAUGCCGCCGACCAGUUCUGCCGCCGAGGCGCCCUCGGCCAAGCCGCCGCGCAGGGCGAGCUACACCAUCAAACUGCCGACGGGGGCCCCGACGCUCGCGGAGAGGCCACGCUCGGAAGACUCGAGCGACAGCGGCCUCGGCCCGUCGGGCACAGAGGAAGAGCCACGGCUGGCCCCAGGGUGGAGCGGCGUGGUGCCGCCCGCGUCUUUCACCCCGAGGCGCAACCAGGAGGCCGUGGAGCCUGGGGCUGCACAGGCGGCCGCGCCGCCGCAGGAUCCGGCCGCCGGCCCUGCCGCCGCUGGGCCUCCCGACAGGCCGCAGCGCCGGGCGGCCCGGGCGAGAACGGUCAGCCUCUUGUUGCCGAGCAUCGCCCCCACGACGGACCCCGCCGAGACUCCACGGGCCCCUGCAGGCAAGGGCGCGGGCGGCGAUCGCACGGACGACGAGCAGAGCGGCGGCCAGGCGCUUGCCGACGACGCCGCGCCGGGAGGCGCGGCCGGGGCCCUGCCAGGGCGGCCCAGCGGCAAGGCCACCCGGACGCUGCUGCAGCUGCCCGACCACACGGGGAUGCAGAUCUCGCUGGGCUCGAGCGGGUCCGGCAGGGCGGGUUCGCCCAGCGGCGCCCCCAGUGACCCCAGGAGCGCGCGGCGACGGCGCUCGCUGCCAGACUCGUACGUGUCGGCGGCCUCCCAGCCUCCCGUGCACUGAGUCAUAGUUCUGCGGCUCGCGCUCAGGGGCCCAGCGGUGGGCCUCUGGUCCUGUGCCGCAGUGUGCAACGGCUUGUUUCACGCUCCGCCUCGCGCGCGGACUCUUGGGCAGUUGUCGACCCACAAUUAAGUUGUUUCGAGUAUCAGGUUAGGUGCGGCCACGGAAGGGCGUUUGGACCUUCACUGUUGGAGACAGUAUUGUGUUUUCGGUGCUUCAGGCUCCCUUCAGGAGCUCCAUGCUCCGCAUGCUCCCUUAUAAGUCGUUGACACCCUGUAACCCCUCUUGGGUACAUCGUUGAGAUGCCGCGGCACGGCGAUGCCAUUGUAAUGUCCGCGCCAACGCGUGUACUGAAAAUAGUUCGCGUCGUCGUGGACGCAUUUCAAAGGGUCCAUUCGCCCAAGUGUUUCGCGCGAUUGCACGGCGACUCCAUCGAAGGAGCAGGUUAAGGAUGACGAUGAGGAGC